AAAUGUAUAAAAAGAAUUUUGACUUGAGAUUAUUUCCCAUGAGCCUUUAGUAUAUAACGAAACGAAAAUUUUUCUCCGCCAUCUUUAGCAGGUCAACUAAAAGGGAGCUGAGCAAGGUCUUUUGAAGUCACUUUCCAGAUUUCUCGUAAAUUUGCUGUCACCAUGCAACAGUCGCAAGAUCAACAUAAUGACGACGAGGGAUGUGUUGUGCGACUCCGUGGUCUUCCAUGGGCUGCCACAGCCUCAGAUGUUCUCAAGUUCUUUGAAGGCUGCCGAGUUUAUGGUGAGGAAAUGGGAGUUCACUUCACUUACUCAAGAGAGGGUCGACCUAGUGGUGAGGCUUUUGUGGAGUUUGUCAGCAACGAGGACAAGGAACUGGCAUUGAAAAAGAAUAAUGCUCAUAUGGGUCAGAGAUACAUUGAAGUCUUCAGAUCUAAGAAAAGCGAGAUGGAUUGGGUUAUCAAGCGAGCUGGAUCCAGUCAGGUGACUGGUCAAAGUGAUGCUGUGGUAAGGAUGAGAGGAUUGCCAUUUGGAUGUUCAAAAGAAGAGAUUGCUCAAUUUUUCACAGGGCUGGAGAUUGUCCCCAAUGGGAUUAUGCUACCUGAGGACCGACAGGGGCGCAGCACGGGGGAGGCCUAUGUACAGUAUGCAUCACCAGAAAUAGCCAAAAAAGCAUUGGAUAAACACAUGGCAAGACUGGGGCACAGAUAUAUUGAAAUAUUCCCUAGUACAUUGCAAGAGGCUUACGCAAAUGUUGGACCACCACGACAACGUAAUCUAGGAUUCAUGGCUGGUAACAGACCUGGUCCUUAUGAUAGAAAUGAUCGUUUUGGAGGCAGUAUGAAUGCCAUGGGUGGUGGUGGCUUUGCUGCUGGUGGUUAUGGUCGAGGAAGAGGUGGCAGAAAUGUCAAAGGAUUCUUUGAAGAUGACUAUGAUGAGUAUGGAGGUGGUUAUGGUGGUGGCAUGGGUUUUGGUGGUCUCAACAGAAGAGGAAAUCUUCGUCCUCAAACCAGAGGUCGAUUACAAGGUGGAUCUUUUGCAAGACCAAAAGGUGCAACACCUGGCAGUAUGUAUGUCAGCAAAUCUGGACAUUCUGUACACAUGAGAGGUCUACCAUUCCAAGCUAUUGAACAGGAUAUUAGAGAUUUCUUCAGACCUUUGGAUCCAAUCAGGAUGGAAUUUGAAUAUAGAAAUAACAGGCCAACUGGAGAAGCAGAUGUUGACUUCAGUUCCCAUCAGGAUGCUGUAUCUUCCAUGGAAAGACACAAAAAUUACAUUCAGGAUCGUUACAUAGAGCUCUUCUUGAACUCUACUCCUGAUGGCCGUGGUGAUGGUGGUGGUGUUGGUGGUGGCUAUGGUGACGGCCCCAUGGGCAGUGGCCGCUUUGGAGGAAUUGGAGGUGGAAUGGGUGGUGGAGGAAUGGGAGGUGGUGGCGGAAUGAAUAAUUAUGGUGGUAGUAAGUAUUAAUUUCUUUUUUUAUAUAUAUA